GUGCUGCCUGCCGGUGCCGGGGACUGGUGGUGAGAAUCCGCUGCAGCGCGUCAGGGGGACCGGACCGUGAACCCGGAGACGGUACACACUGAGGCGAAACGAGACCCAGCAUGGAGCGAAUGUCUGAUGAUACACUGAGGCUCAACCUGUUAAAACGAGGUCUGGAGACAUCCACCGAGAGGGAGGAGGCUCUGUCCAAACGUCUAAAGAUGGAGGGUCAUGAAGCCAUGGAGCGCCUGAAGAUGCUGGCCCUUCUUAAACGCAAGGACUUGGCUGAUCUGGCUGCCCUAGAGGUGCCAGGGACACUUGGGGAUGGGAAGGGCCCCAGUGCCAGCUCCAUCCACCACCAGAGCUUAAUGGGAGCCGCGUAUGAGGAGAAGCUGAACGGAAGCUUGAGGCUCGGCAGUCACAGUGUUCAUGUUGGUCAAAGUAAGAAUGGGAAGGAAAACAUCAUGGAUGAACCAGUGGAUAUGAGCGCCGGAAGAAGAAGAAUGAAGGAAGUCAAACUGCUUAAUAAUCUGUUAAUUCACAUCAACGGGCUUUUAACAGUUGUUUUUCACCACUUAAAUAUCCGUCUGAUUCAGUCAAGAGUCGUCAUUUUGCUCAAGUUUUCCAUCUUUAACUGUGUGAAGUGGGUCAGUUAUAUGCAUCGCUGUUUGUCUUUCUUCCAGGGAAAAACAGGAGAGGAGCGACAGCAGAUGAUAAAAGCUCUGAGGGAAGAGCUGCGUCUGGAAGAAGCUCGUCUCGUCCUGCUCAAGAAGCUGAGACAGAGCCAGAUGCAGAAGGAGAAUUUAGUGCAAAAGGUUCCAGUGGUCCAGAGCUCUUCAUCCUCUGCUCAGCCUGCUCCCCUACACGGCUCUGCAGGGUUAGGGAAGCUGCCUGUGAGGCCGGGCCUGCACAACAAUGAGCCUCAGAAUCUCAGAACUGCACAGGGUCAUACGGUCAUUCGUUCAGCCAAUACCAGCCUGCCUCCGAUGCUCAUGUCCCAGCGGGUCAUAGCCCCCAAUCCGUCCCAGUUGCAGGGCCAGAGGAUCUCCUCCAAACCUGGGAUGCCCCGAUCCAGCUCAUCCAGCAUGGCCAACGCCGUAAACUAUCAGCAGGUGACUACAUUGAUUCAAAAUGGCAGCCUUUCUUUGCAGUUAACUUUACAGGUUCCUCCCAGAAAUGCAGAUGUCUUGGAAAAGUUCAAUCAUUCUGGUCAUACGGUCAUUCGUUCAGCCAAUACCAGCCUGCCUCCGAUGCUCAUGUCCCAGCGGGUCAUAGCCCCCAAUCCGUCCCAGUUGCAGGGCCAGAGGAUCUCCUCCAAACCUGGGAUGCCCCGAUCCAGCUCAUCCAGCAUGGCCAACGCCGUAAACUAUCAGCAGGCCAGCCAGCAGGUAGCAGCUUCCCAGCGCUCCAGCUCCAGCGCCAUGUACAUGAACCUGGCCCACAUGCAGGCGGCAGCAGCAGUAGGGGCAAGCGCCGUGGCCGGCGGCCUCGCUGGCGCCUCGGCCGUCAGCCCGUCCACCAUGUCUGGCUCCGCCAGCGGAGCAGUGAGCUCCAUGGCUGACCAGGCCAGCAGCCAGGCAGCCGCCAAGCUGGCUCUACGGAAGCAGCUGGAAAAGACACUGCUGGAAAUUCCUCCACCUAAACCCCCGGCGCCGCUGCUCCAUUUCCUGCCCUCAGCUGCAAACAGCGAGUUCAUCUACAUGGUGGGUUUGGAGGAAGUGGUGCAGAGCGUCUUGGACAGUCAGGGUAAAUUCCGAGGGUCUUUGGCCCGUUUGGAGCCCUUCUUCUGUGCCCAGUGCAGAACAGACUUCACACCCCACUGGAAGCAAGAGAAGAGCGGCAGAAUCCUCUGCGAGCAAUGCAUGACGUCCAAUCAGAAGAAGGCUCUGAAGGCAGAGCAUACCAACAGACUGAAGAAUGCGUUCGUGAAGGCUCUCCAGCAGGAGCAGGAGAUCGAACAGAGGCUGCAGCAGCAGGCCGCUCUCUCUCCCAGCUCUGCUUCUACUGGUCCCAACGUCUCCAAGACGGACACCAUGAUCCGACAGCACGCCCUGCGUCAGGCUCAGCAGCCGCAGGCCUCUCUGCAGCGAGGUCUGUCCAACUCUGCAAGAGGCGUCCUUUCCAACUUCGCCCAGGCCUCCCAGCUGUCGGUGGCCAGCAGCCUGAUGGGGAUGAGCGGCGCCAAGCACUGUGGCAGCGGCGGCGGCGGCAGCAACAGACUGCAGCACGACAGCCGUCGUCAGAUUUACAAUAUCCCAGGGUUAAAUAUUGCCUACCUGAAUCCUGCAGCGGUUGGAGCCCAUAAGACUUCCACCUUAGCGGACCGGCAAAGAGAGUACCUGUUGGACAUGAUCCCGCCUCGCUCCAUAUCGCAGUCCAUCACCGGGCAGAAAUGAGCCCCGCUAACCUCUCCUGUGUGUCAGAGGCCAGUGUCGUUUGAUAACCCCCCCCCCCACCAGGCGCUCCCAGAUCAGCUGAGAUUUCCCCCCCACCGUUCCAUCGCAUGCAGUGCCUGUCCGUGUGCCUAUCUCAGACCAACCCGUGAGAGUCGACCAGAAACACAAGCCGUCAGCGCAUCGCAGUUGUUUUUAUUAUAGCAGCAUCCCCCCCCCCCCCCCCCCGUCCCUUUAGAAUCACCGCUUUUAGCGCUUCUACUGCAUCGGCCACUUAAGCUCAAGUUGGUUUCCGUUCUGCUAUCAUUGGUAUUUGGCACGUAUGUUUCUCUCUCUGCCGUCUGAUCUUUGCUUUAAGAGACUAUCAGUAACAAGACUUUUAUUUUUCUCCACUAAAGCUAUUAUGACUAUUGUUCAAAACAGAAGAUCAACAGGGUUCACUCUGGUUGCUAUGCAACAUCAAGUUUAUUUACUCUCAAGUUUUUAAACGUGAUUAGUUUGCUGACUCCGGUUUUAAAAAAGGAGUUAAAGAUUCUGUUAGAACGAAUUUCAGGCUGCGCUGGUUCUGGAGCAACUCUGAGAUUCUGGAGCAGAGAGCUCACCGCGGAUCAGUGACCCGCCUCAAGCUCUUCAUCAGAGGGUCCAACGCCGCCUGACCCCAGACCUGGAGUCGCCCCCUAACCAACGUCAGAACCAAGAGAAACUGACUAAUCUGGAACCAGAGAGGAUCUGAUGGAGUUAAAACAUAUUUCCCAUCUUUAGCAGCUUUUCCUUUGUUUCGGAGGCGACUUUCUGCUGUUACAGGAAGCAUCAGACCAAGCAGGCGGGGAGCUGAUGAACCAGGAGACGGAUGUUCCAGGUUGCGUCGUUCACCGAGGAGCCAGAUGCUUUUUUUCUCUGCCCUUUUCUUCAAUAUUCCCCCUGAAUUAUUUCCAUCCCAGCAGCUCCUCUUUGUUUCUGUGUGCAGAGAGUUCAGAGUCGCUCCUGAUCAGAUUCUCCACCCAGCAUCCCAGUUUAUUUUUUCCAAGUGUGUCUCAUCCUUUUUUUCCCUGACUUUUUCGUGCGGCGUCUUCAAAUGAUUUGGUGGCCUACCUGAGAGGCAUCGGCUACCGGAGACGAUAAUAAUCUAAAACUGUAAAAAUAAUUUUUAAAAAAUCUAUGGAUUGUGUAUAGAUGCCUAGCUACAAAGGAAAAAGGAUGCGGAUGUUUUACGAGAGACAUGGAUCAAUCAUUGUGCGCACCCUGUGCUCACAAGUUGCCUCACUCCAGAGGAGCACUUUUCAUAUUUCCAAAAUGGAAAUUUAGUUUAGUUUAGUUUUUCGGUCGUUUGUUGUUGUUUUCAGUACAAAGAAAUGAAUGUUGGAUAGAAAGUAAUAAGGUCACGAUCAGUUGGGUUUUCAUCCUGGUUACAGAAUGACAUUGAUGUGGACUGAUCCUCAUGCAUCUCUCAUUGCUAUUUAUGUUUCACGCGUCGACCGCUGCACACAUCCUCAGUCAGUGUUUGUAACAAUUUGGUUAACGUGCUCUAAUCACUUUAACUCUAUUGAAGUUUGCAGGAUUUGUAGCGCCACGCUAACAUGCUGCUAUCAGACAGAUUCCUCUGAGGUGAACAUUAUAGCUGGAACUGCUCUGCUAGACAAUCUCCAUAUUUCAUACGUCUAUAUAUAUAUAAUUUAUAUAUAUAUAUUAGGGCUGCAACCAACAAAUUAUUUCACAAGUCGAUUAAUAAUUGGAUAGCAAAGGGUUCCUUUAAGAAGACUUAUGGCUUAUCAAAUUAAACAGGAUAAAAGUAAAACUUUUCUACUUGAGGAGUUCUGGAUAUUGACAGCCUAAACUUUUUUUUAAAUCCGAAAUUCUAAAUAUUUAUAUUAAUUUUUUUUUAUUUUGAUUUAAUUCCUGCUCUUAGUGGGUUGCUCUGUCAACUAAAGGCAUGUUUUAUAGUCUAUAUACUCCAAUUAAAGAUUAAUUGAUUAUUAAAUUAGUUGAUUAUUUCAACAAUUGAUUGAUCACAAAUGAUCAGAUUCAUUGUUUCAGCCCUAUUUUAUAUAUAUCUAUAUAUAUAUAUCUAUAUAUAUAUUCUCACACAUCCUCAGUGAAUGGGACAUGCAGUCUGCAGGCAGCUGAAGGUUGAACCGUUUUUAUUUCCACAUACCUGACAUUGUAAAUGUUUCCAUCAUGGCGUAGCGAUGCUUUGUGUUUUCUGUGCUGGAUGUUAGGGAAGACAAAGGAUUAUGGCAUUUUGUUUGCAGCCCCAAGUCAUGACUUGUACAAAUUCUGAGCAAGGUUUAUCUUUUUUUAUUUUUUUUUAACACCUCUUUGUUUGCAGGGUUUUUAGAGCCUCCUGUUAAUUAGGAUUUAGAAACGGUGUCUACGUAGGCAGCCCUGAUCUGUUCAAUCUUUGUCGCCCAGGUCUUUGCAGACUUGUCAGAUUGUCCCGCCCACCUGACUGAAACUGUCUUAAUCAUUCUGCUUAAUCAGUUUGCAGUCUCUCAGGUUUGUAGCUGUGUUCACUCUGUUUGCAGUAUUAUUCACGGUACAUAGUUACCCCCUCAUGCAUUAAGUUGUUUUGAAUGGGAUGUUCAAGCCGUUCUCAUAGAUUACUCUGAAGGGACAACGCUUCCUUAAGCCCCAUUUUAAUUCUCUACAAUCGUCCGACCCUAAUGAGACAGAAACACCUGAAAGAGGGAGUGUCUCACAUCAUUUUCCAUUUAAAUAGGAAAGUAUACGACCGCCUAUUGACUUUCUGGACAAAACUCUGCGAUUCUUAAACUUCCAGAUCUUCUGUCUCUCCUUCUUAGAAACUUGUGACCUGAAUCUUCAUACAGUCGGUUCAGAAAACAUCUCAAGGUUAUCUAUACAAGAGCCAAGGUCAACACAGGUUAAUACAAGGAACCUGUAUCGUUCCAUUAAUGGCUUUAAAAAUUUGUUGGAUCUAUUGGAUCAUUUGAUUCUAAGUUGGUCCGAAUUCAGUUAAUUUAAAUGCAGUUUAUUCAAAUCCGAUUAAAUAAGGUUUCUAUUGGCGUUCUCCACAACUCCAUAUUGAUUUUGAUCUUAAAAUGUAAUUUUGUUAAAAGUUAUCAUUGACUUCAAAGCAAUUCCUCCUCUGAAGCUAUUUUAUGGCUGCAGGUUCCUGUUUGUGUGAAGCGCUCCGUACGAAUCUCUGUACGGCCAAUUUUCUAGAAUAAUGGCAGCAGGUCCUUCUGUGGCUGUUUUAAGGAUGCAUUGAUAUAAACACAGUCAGAGUCUAUCUUCCAUUG